AUGUUUUCGUCUGACAAAAGCAAUGCUUCACAAACAGUGAGGAAAGUUGUCUUUAUUCAUCUUGAUCUCGGAAUUGGAGGCGCCGAGCAAUUGGUUUUGCAACUUGCCACAGCCUCACAAGAUUUAGGCUAUCAGGUGGAAUUGGUUACGACUCGGUGCGACUCGGAUCAUUGCUUUGCUUCCGUUAAGCGGCCGGAUGGACGUUUAUCGCAAAAUGUACAUAUAUAUGGCCAAUGGAUCCCUCCCAAUAUUGCUGGAAAGGGAACUGCCUUCAUGUCAACACUGCGAAUGUGGUAUUUGACUUGGAAGGUUGUGACAUCCAAUUCCUGCCACAGAAACGCCGAUGUUGUGGUGAUGGAUGUCCUACCAACGUCACUUCCUCUACUCUUAUCUUGGCUGCCAUCAGCUGGUAUCCUCUUUUACUGUCACUUUCCUGACAAGUUGCUCUUACGGAACCAGGGUGGAAUGGCAAAACGAUACUACAGAAAACUACUUGACAGCUUGGAAGAGUCGACCAUGAAUUUAUCCGAUACAUUAGUCGUCAAUUCCAAAUUUACGUUGAGCCAAGUAAAGAAGCACUUUCCCAGUCUUGCAUCCCCGUCUUCGCCAACCGAAAUACUCUAUCCAGCAUUAGACACGAGUGGAAUGGUCCAAUCGAAUCAACAAUCCAAAACAUCCAAAUCUCCCAUUGUAUCUCUGAACCGAUUCGAACGAAAAAAGAAUAUUGGUUUACUCAUUGAAGCUUAUGCUUACAUGAAGGAUAGGUCCAACAACAAGUUGCCCAAGUUGAUCAUUGCGGGAGGCUACGAUACUCAAAAUGUGGAAAAUGUGGAAUAUCGAGCCGAAUUGGGUCAACUGGCAAAAGACUUGGGCGUAAGGGAGGGAGGUGAACUUGAAUUUUUCUUGGACAUCAGCGAUGCCCAAAGGGCGACUCUGUUUCAAACGGCUCUCUGUGUAGUGUACACGCCAGACAAGGAACACUUUGGAAUUGUCCCACUCGAAGCAAUGUAUGCUGGGACUCCUGUAGUCGCCGUCAACUCGGGAGGGCCUACUGAAACAGUGGUGGAUGGCAAAACGGGUUACUUGCGGGAACCGACAGCCAAAGCCUUUGGAGAAGCCAUUUUGGAACUGUUUCGGGAUCCGAAAUUGGCAACGACAAUGGGCAACGAUGGACGACAACAUGUGGAGGAAACCUUUGGGACUGGUCGAUUUGCAACCAAGUGGCAAGCGUUGGUGGAAGAAACCAAGAUGCGUCAACUGAAAAGAUUUGGAGAGAGCAACAGUGGGUUGGUGUUGUGGGUGAAUACGACUAUGUACCUGGUGGAAGCCUUGCUAGCUUUUGCGGCGUGUAUUCUACUGACCAUCUUGCUGCGGCAAACAGGUGUCUUGGAACCCACUCAGUCCAUCAUUGGUGGUAUGAGAAGCAGGUUUGCGGGUGAGGAACUGUAA